UUUACGGAUGGCCGUCAACAAAGGCGCCAGCUAAGAUCAUCGGGGAGGGAAGCUUGGAAAGGAAAAAAAUAAAAAUUGAGGUGCCGGUAAUGAAAACAGGGUAAAGCGACAUGGGGGUGGUAGUCAGCAGCAGUGAUUUUUUUGGGGGGGGAAGUUUUUUUUUUAAUGGCAUGCAGAGGCUGCUACACGCUAACCCUCUAUGUUACAGGGCGACCGGCAGCAAACGCCUUUUGCGUGGCUUCGCUCCCUCUUUACUUCGCUAACACUCGCUGUUUUGUUUGUGACGAGUUUCGCCGGUCGGUCAUUUUUCUCUGUUGCUUGUUCGUUUUGUAGUUUGUGGAGUGACUGUGGCUGCACGUAAGUAGCAGCUGGCCGGCAGAAAAGGCGUUUUUAAAGAGAGAAUCGCACUGAGUCGGGAGUAUGGAUAAGGUGACCCAAACGCACGUUAUCUUUUGCAAGCAUCGUGCGAAAGCAGCCGGAGACCUUUUCAUGGCCUUAUUGCCAUCGCAUAGUUCGCUGAGUAAAUGUGUUUUCUGGGACGUGAAGGUGUCGUGACAGAUGGACGGCGAGGUCUUCUGAAGGUUUUCCGAAGUUGCAAUGUUUUUGGAGCACGCCUCUGUUUUAAAGCACAAGCAAACCUCUUUAUACUUAUGAACCUUAGCAAGGCGCCGGGGCGUGCGUCCUGAGAGAGAUCGCAUGUGCAUGUGCAGCGAUGGACCGCUGUAAGCACGUGGGGCGUCUCCGGCUGGCGCAGGACCACUCCAUCCUGAACCCGCAGAAAUGGCGCUGCGUGGACUGCGGCACCACCGAGUCGGUGUGGGCGUGCCUGAAGUGCUCGCACGUGGCCUGCGGCCGCUACAUGGAGGAGCAUGCCCUCGACCACUUCCAGGCGUCCCGCCACCCGCUGGCCAUGGAGGUGCGGGAGCUGGACGUUUUCUGCCACGCCUGCGGCGACUACGUGCUGAACGACAAUGCGGAGGGUGACCUCAAGCUGCUGCGGGCAGCCCUGUCCACGGUGCGAGGCGGGUCCACCCGGCGCGCCCUGCGCUCACAGACGUCCGCCGGCGACUCUCCGCUACGUGGGGCCGAGGGCGGGAAGGGCGACGCCGGGGCCCGGCCCUCCAUGCAGGCGGCACUGCUGCACAGGCGGCGCGUGUUGCUGGCCAGGGUCCUGCACGCCUGGCAGAGCCGGCGGCGGGACAGGCAGCGGCAGCGGGAGCAGGAGCUGGAGCAGCACAAGGAGGAGCUGCGGCGUCGCCGGCAGGAGGUGAAGAGGAGGGUCCUGGAGGAGCUGGCCAGCGUCCCCCCCAGGAAGAGCGCACGGCUGCUAACCCAGCUGCCUCGGCGUACGGCCCUCAUCCCCCGCAAGUUCCGCGACCCCCCGGAGCGGGUGCCCGUGGCGCGGCCACACCCGGGUCCUCUUCUGAGCUUCCGGCAGAAGCCUCUCGACGGAGCCGGUUCUAGAAGGUUCCGCAAGCACUCCUCCACCAGCGCGGUGGCCCGUCGGAAGGUGGCGCCGGGUGUCACGGGGCUGCGUAACCUGGGGAACACGUGCUACAUGAACUCCAUCCUGCAGGUGCUGAGCCACCUACAGAAGUUCCGUGAGUGCUUUCUCACGCUGGACCUGUGCGAGACCGAGGAGCUCCUGGCCAAGACGAGACGCUCGCAGGGCACACGGGUGGUGUCGGGUGGCCUGGUGAAUAGCGCCCCGGUGUCAAGGGGGACUCUGGGCCGCGUGGACAAACUGGGGAGCGGGGGGUGCCUCACCGUAGGCGGCAAGCAGGGCCUGAGGCCCAGCCUGAACGCCGCCGAGCUGGUCCAGCCCAAGGAGCCGCGAUCCUCCACCCGGCACCAGAUGUCGCUGUGCCAUGAGCUGCACACCCUGUUCCGGGUCAUGUGGUCGGGCCGCUGGUCACUGGUGUCCCCGUUCGCCAUGUUGCACUCCGUGUGGAACCUGAUCCCAUCCUUCCGGGGCUACGACCAGCAGGACGCGCAGGAGUUCCUGUGCGAGCUGCUGGACAAGGUGCAGCAGGAGCUGGAGUCGGAGGGCACCAGGCGAAAGAUCGUCAUCCCCAUUUCCCAGCGGAGGCUCACCAAGCAGGUGCUCAAAGUACUCAACACUAUCUUCCACGGACAGCUGUUGAGCCAGGUGACUUGUCUGUCCUGUAACUACAAGUCGAACACGGUGGAGCCUUUCUGGGACCUGUCUCUGGAGUUCCCGGAGCGGUACCACAGCGUGAGCAAGUCGGCCAGCACUCUGGCUUGCCGCCGCAGCUGCUCGCUCACGGAGAUGCUGGCCAAGUUCACCGAGACCGAGGCCCUGGAGGGGAGAAUCUACGCCUGCAACCACUGCAACAGGAAAAGGCGUAAAUCGUCCCAUAAGCCGCUCGUUCUCACAGAGGCGUGUAAGCAGCUGCUCAUCUGUCGGUUACCUCAGGUCCUGCGGCUACACCUCAAACGAUUCCGGUGGUCAGGACGCAACCACAGGGAGAAGAUUGGUGUUCACGUAGCGUUCGACCAAGUUUUGAACAUAGAGCCCUACUGCUGCUCGGAGUCCUCAUCCUCCCAGAUGAGGAAGGGCCUGACCUAUGACCUCUCUGCCGUCGUCAUGCACCAUGGCAAGGGGUUUGGCUCAGGCCACUACACUGCUUACUGCUACAACACCGAGGGUGGUUUCUGGGUUCACUGUAAUGACUCAGAGAUGAACGUGUGCAGCGUGGAGGAGGUGUGCAACACUCAGGCCUACAUCCUGUUCUACACUCAGCGAUCCGCCCAGACCGAUGUGGCCUGAUACCCCCCAUCAGCCCCCCCAGGCACACCCCCGCAGCUGGGCAGCCUGGUCGGGCAGGACGGGCAGGAAUCAUCAGUACAGCGGUUCUGGUUUUACGCAAGUUUAAAAUGCGCGGUUUUUAAACGACACCAUAUAUCCUUAAGGAUAUAUAUUUUUUAAUUAUGUGGUGCGAGUCAAAAUAACAAGAAUCGCAUAGUUAUGCCGUUUUUAUUUUUCGUUAAGGGAAAAACAGGUGAAACUUGAAGUGCGCACGUGUUUCCAGGACACAACUUGUGUAAAUGGUGAGCCCUCUGUAUCUUUUUAUGUACUCGGGGGGUGGGAAUCCUGACUAAUAACCCAGCUGGACCCACAGGGCCAGUUACCAGAAGCCACUUUGGAUUUGGUCAGGCUAGUGGCUCGUGUGUGUAUGGGUCAGGUCAGGUCCGGUGACUUUACGUUGGGGGAACAAGACGUAGCUUUGACGUUGUGUUAAGGAUGGUGCGAGAGUGAUAUAUACAAAUCAGGAAUUCUGCAAUUUUUGUACUGGAAUGUUUUCUACACUGCUGUUUUUCUUUUUUUAAUUAUUUUAAAAUUUCUGGAGUCCUAAACAUCGUCUUCUCAGACACGAAUGGUUACAAUUGCUGUUGUUGACAUAGAAAAUAAAAAUUUGCUUCAUGAACUGUAAGUUAUAGUGACGUCUCGUGACAUUGGGCAUUCCGUUCACACACUACAGCUGUACUGCCUGUUUGGUGCUGGGUUUUCGGUGAAGCUUAAUUCAGCCAGUGGCUGCUGGUUUUCCAGCCUGUGUUCUGCAUGGUCGGAUCUCUUGAUAAGGUCCAGCGGAACCAUCAAGAGGCUGCCUGAAUGAAAAACAAAACCAAAAAUUAAACAAAAACAAACAAA